UUUGCCGACGAAUGUCAUCGCAGAGGUUAAGUUUAUUACGAUGGUUUCCAACAAAAAGAUUGAUAAUAAAGAUGACGAAUUCGAGGACGAUUCUAUAUUGUACGAAUUAUUGGAAUAUUUUGUGAGAAAGCAAGAUCCUGAAUUGAUAAGGUGCAAAAACGAUGCAGCUAUUCUUUCAACUUCAGGGACGAUCAAAAAUGCUUUACGAUAUUUAAACAACAGAUAUUCUUUACCAGAAAGUAUAUCGCAACAAUUGAGUCUCACAUUACCAUGGAAAUUUGCAGUCGGUGAUAACGGAAGAUUGUUAGCUAUUCUUCAGGAAAAUGUUAUCGAAAUUAGAAAAUCCAAAGAUGAGUACUCCUCUGUUGUGGGAAAAGCAUCUGUACCUAAAGAUGCUUUUCCACAAUGGCGGAAAAUUGUGUGGAGUCCAGACGCGUCGAUGCUUGUGUUGGCCUCAAGCAACGGUUAUCUUUCCUUCUACAGUUCUUUGGGAAACAACAUAUUUAAUAUCAGUCCUAAAACGAUGUCCCAAAGCCCAGACAUUUUGGAAGCUGGCGACGCAAUUGCUUCAAUGAUAUUCAGUGAACCUAAAAAGACACACGACGAAUGGACCCAUGAGUUUAUUCUUGUUACAUACAGCGGACUCCUUAAAUCUUAUCACAUCAAUGGCACACACAGCUACAUUCAGAAUUAUGAAUUUUCCUAUGGGAACUUUUACAGGAACGGUGUCAAUGCCUUUGCUUACGAUCAGAAGCACAACUUGUAUUUCGUGGCUGGAAAUUGUAUUACACAGCAUUUAAAUGCUCCUGCAUCUGAUAACGGUUUGACUUGCUGGCGACCUUUAAACGAUUAUCCUCACUUCAAACUUUCUUUCACAUUCGAGGAAAAUUCUGGGCAUCCGUCGGCGUUUUCUCUCUGGAAUUUUAUACCGAAAUUUCGAGCACCACCAGAACCUGUGAUUUUCCGUAUAUCGAUAUCACCGUGUUCCAAUAACCUCGUUUGUUUGCACACUGACGGGGCGAUCUCACUGUGGAGCGUGCCUAGUUUGAGAUUGCAAAAAAAAUGGCAAUUGAUCGAUCAGAUGGAUCAUAACGCUCGAAAUCCUUCAGGAAUUCCAAAAUUCAAGAAAUUUCCUCCUGGACUCUCGGAAUUUCAUCCCAUGGACAUCGGAUGGUGGUCGGAAAAUGCGAUUAUCGUCGCCAGAUAUUCUGGCUCAAUCUCAGUAUGCUCGAUCAAAGACUUGAGAAAUUUACUUGGUGCAAGUCCCGAAUUUUUGUCCGGACAACCACAAAUUUCAGAACUGUCGCCUGGCUACGGAUUCCUUUGCUUGGAUUGCGAAACCUUUAUUACUAUCAAAAGACGGAAAAGAGAACCUAACAGUGAAGGACACAUUUCUGAAGCAUCUUCGGAGAGUGAAAAAGAUGAUGAUGACGUGGAGCCUUUGACAAUAGUAAAUUACACGGCGAAUCUCGUGCAAAGUGCUCUGUACUCGAUUACCGACAUUGAAAAAUUUCAGCCAAAAAGAAAAAAAUCAAAAAUUUUACAAAGAACUUAUCGAAUAUUGGGAUUGAAAAGUACGACACCAGAGGAAUUGUAUUCAAGGAAAAUUGAUAUCGAAGAAUACGAAGAAGCUCUCGCACUCGCAAACACUUACAAUUUGGACACUGAUCUCGUUUAUCAAACUCGAUGGCGGAAGUCACAGUUUUCGUUAAGCGACAUACAAGAACAUUUGAGCAAAGUAAGCAAAAGAUCAUGGGUUCUAAACGAAUGCGUAACUCGAGUGCCAGAGACACUGGAAGCUGCUCGAGAGUUACUAAAUUUCGGUCUCAAGGGAGCGAAUCUUGAGACGUUGUUGGCAAUCGGUGAUAAGGACGAGGGAAAAUUUGUUGCUGACGAAGUGCAAGACGAUUGGGAGAGCCUGAAUCAAGUCGAUCUAAAUUUACGUCAAGUUCAAAGAAUCAAUGAAAUAAUCGAUGGCAUCGACCUCAAAAACUUGUCGAACGCGCAAAAAGAUUUGAUUAAAUAUCGAAGAAAACUUUUAGACCAUUUGGAUAAAUUACAAACUUACGAAAUUAUUCUGGAGGAUCCACAAAGAUACAAAAAAAUAUUUUAUGAAGACUUUCGACAAUUGACCGCGAUAGAAAAUGCGGUUAGAUUUGCUAAAGACGGAAAUUGUCAGGGAGUUGGAAUAAUGUUCACGUACCAUGGGCAUCAACUCAUGCCUCAUUGGCUCGCAAUAAUAAACUGGUUUCCUGAAACCUUGAGUCCAUCGAAAUAUGAAAAACUGUUACCUGAGUGUGACUCAGACGAGCAACUAUUUCUUCUUUUUCAACGAGAACUCAGACCUAAAGAUUGGUCUGAAAAGAAGGAGUUUAAGGACAUUGUUGAAUUGGAAAACUACGAUGGAUCACAAGUUCUAUAUGAAGCUGAUCCGUCAUUGUCAGCUUAUCGAAAUACUGAACUUACACAAGAACUUUUACGAAAAUGGUACCAAACCCGAGCCUAUCAGAUCGAGAGAGACAGCUGUAUAGUGGACAAUGCCUUGGAGUUGAUAAGAAUUGGUAAAUCGCACAACAUAAGUGGACUCGAGCCAUUAUUGAUAGAGCUGGAGACUCUGGACGAUCUCGUUUACAAAAUCCAUCUUGAGGACAAGUCGUUGGCGCAAUUGGAAAAAUUGAGCGAUUUGGAAAAGGUUGAAUUGCUCAUGAGUACUUCGAACGAGAGGAAUUUCGUUAAUAAUAUUCGAAAUUAUAUUUUGCCUUUUGCCCAAAGAAAAGUGAAGUAUUUGGGUGGAGAUCUCGAUAAAAGUCUAUUGAGCGAUUAUUUGAUUGCGUUGAGUGAAAAGGAUUUGACAUUGCCAUCGAAAUUCUUUGAAUCGUUGAACCAAUUUCACGACACAGAAAUUUUGAGUAUGAUCGACGACGUCGUUUGCCUGGCACUCGAGUGUAUUUAUUCCUGCAUGGAUACGGGAAUGUACGAAAAAGCCAAGGAGAUAUUUGACAAUAUACCAAAGCCACAAUCGAGCAUAAGUUAUCAUGGGCCGCCGACAAAUGUCGAGGAUCUCGAAAAGGAACUCGAGAGCUUAAAAAUUCUUAAUAAAUACCAAGUCCAAACGACUCUUCGUUUCAUACGUGACAACAAAUCGAAACCUGAAGAAGUGAAAAUUAUUCUCGAGGAAAUGGCCAAGAGUUUGAACCGAAUAACACCGCCACCGGACGAAAAAACAUGGGCAGAGUUACUGAACGACAUGUUAGAAAUUCACGAAAUGAUAUUCGGUUGCAUCGACAUAGAAGUUUGCUUUGAGAUUUGUGUCGCGGUACGUUUGGCCUCACGGAUUAAAGCGAAUAUACAAAAUUGUGCCAAUCUCAUCGAAACGAAAAAAAACGAUCAGUCGCUCUUGAAAGUUGCGUAUCGAAGAGCCGUGGACUUGAUUUUAGAAGCCAGCAAAGAAUAUUUCAACAGCUCGAAGAGUCUCGUUGAUUCGAACAUGGAAUUAGCCAAAGCCUGUCUUCAUCUCAUCACCGAUGACAACCCAAUGAUAAGGGAAGAAUUUGAGCUAAUUAAUUCCCUACAAAUUCUCAACGAGUUCAACAUAAAAAUUCUACCACUUCAAGUAAGAUCGUCCCAAGACAGAUUGAAAUUGAUCGAGAAUUGUUUAGAAAAUCGUGAGGAUGCUUACAAGAGACAACAGAGGCUGUUGACUUUAGCAAAUUAUUUACGAAUCGAAGGAAAUAACAAAAGGAUGCGCGAGGGUAAAGUGCUGCAGCUAAUUGCCGAAAAAUCUUACCAGCUCGGAGACUUUGCUGUUUGCGCAACAACGUGUCAGCAGUUGAUAGACGCGAAUUAUCAUCCCGCUUGGAGAAUAAUACAAAAAUUAGGAUUUUGCGACGACUUCCAAGACCUCGAAUUCCGACAGAAAACUUUGAAAUUCUCAAUGUGUUACGGUCCGAGCGACGUGCUGGAAAAAACUCUCGGACAAAUGCAUCUCUUGGAAGUACAAAUAUUGAACAAAAGUCUUGAACGUUGGAUGAUGGAGCACGAGAUCGAUGAUUAUGAAGACGUGGGUGAAGACAGCGACGAUGAAUUUACAGACGCAAUGACAACGCCACAAAUCGAAGUCAAAGAUUUCGUGCCCAAAAUAAUCGGGACCUCGUCGGACAUCGUCAAAUCUUCAGCUCAAAUGGUGAAACAAUCGACGCUCGGUAUUUUGAAAAACGUGGGAAAUAAGAAUUUCUGGAAAACAGCGUUGAACAUGAACGCGAACGUUGAUUCCGAUGGUUCGAUAGAUUUCGACGAAGAUAAAAGACACAACGAUUCGCUCGCUGAUGCCCCCAGUUUCCCGUGUUUCUACGCCUCUUUACACGACAAAUUUCGUCUCAGUAACACCGAACCAAAGUAUACGAAGUACUCGAUGCCGGAAAUUCACAACAGCAAACUCAAACUUUGUCAAACUCUGCUGAGGGUUGCUACGUUGAGUGAAACUGCUAGCUACGGAUUCGAAGUCAGCGAUAUUAGCCAUCUUUUUCUUCAAUCUGCGAAGCACGUGAUGCCGGAAGAUUGUCUCCUGGGUUUGUCUUACAUGUUGAGUCUACGUGACAGUAAUGUGAACAACGUGGAAGAAGUUUUUCGAGAUUUGCCGAGAACUAAAUUGUACAAUCAAAUAGCAGCUUAUUAUUACGCCCUCGAAUAUUAUCGAAAAACGAAUGGAAGCACCAGCAGGGUAUUGAGCUGCGAUCCAAUCGAAUUGAUAAGAGUCAUGGUUGAAAAAGCGAGUGAAUCAGAGGAGAGUGAAAUCCAGAAAUGCCUUUUGAGCUGGGGAAGAUACUUAACGAGCCUGGAGAGCAGCGAGGAGUUGGAAGACGGUGAAGAAGCUGACGUGAGCUCAGGCUCGUCCGUCGAAAAUUCAGAUGGAGACAACGCCCAAAAUGAGGAAAGUUACGUCGACAGUUGUACGAAAAGCGAAGUGACUGUCGUGCCAGGGAAAUUGUACGAAAAUGAAAGCUUUAAAGUCGAACCCGUGACACAGGCUGAAAUUGAGGCUGGUUGGGACGACGAGUGGGAUGAUUUUUCCGAUCGCGACGAAGAACCAAUUGUAAUUGAAGAAAUAAAUCCCAUAGUCUCCGAUGAAACUGACAAAAAUGCGAACAAGGAUGACGACUGUAUUCUUGGUGUCGAUUCCCCCGAAGAAGAACGCUUCAAAAUUUUCGAAGAACUUUCCAAAGAUAUCAAAACCAGAGAACAGUACUCGAGAACGAAAAAAACCCUCUUACACUGGCCACCAUUUACCAAACCGGAAUUCGUCGCCGUUGAAAAAAAUCCUAUUCUCCGAAUGAUCGCCAUCGCGAGGACUCUCAGCAAUCUGGAAAAUAAUCCCCAUUCCGAUGCUUCUCUCGUUGAAGAGUAUCAAGAAUUUUUUAAGCUACAAACCAUUCCUCAGGAAUUGAUCCUCGAACUUUUACGCAACGACGAUAACGCUCGGAGUCUGCAGGAAAACAUUUAUCUAAGACUGUACACGAAUGAAUCUUCGCUCCACAAGGAAGCUGUCACUCUCAUCAAUACGCACAAGAUUGUCGAAUUGGCAUUGCCGAUCCUGGAGGAAAUUUUCUUCAAGGACUUGACCUCGUUGUUCCCACCUCACAGUCCAAUAUACGAUAAAGUACUAGAGCAAAUAUUUCUGAAUCACGAUAUCCAGGAAGUUGAAACGAACAUUCGACUGCUCAUCGAAAAAUUGAUUCACCAAAAGCAUUUGCCAUAUGCCGUUGCACUUUUGAAUCAAUUGGAAAGAAUUCCACCAGCUCUUGCAACAUUCUCGAAUUGCUUGGAGCUACUUUUAAAAAAAUCAUAAAAAUCCACUAUCGACGCUAUAUUCAAUUGUACCAUAUGAAAUAUUGAUAGUUAUUCGCAAAAAUUUGUACAGAAAUAUACUACAAAAUGUAAAAAAAAAAUUAUUUCUACUAUCGUGACACGGUCACGGCCACUCGUAUGUUUGUAAAGUGCAAUAAACAAGAAAAAAUGAU